AUGUCUGGCCAGCCGAAUUUUGGCCAGCCUGCCCCUGGCUGGCCGUAUCCCCAUCAACCACACCAGCAACAGCGCCUCCAACAUGGUGCCUACCCUUACGUUGAUGGUCAUGCGAUGGGAUAUGGUCCGCCUCCUCCACAACAACAGUGGCAGUCAUAUAAUCAGUACCCACCGCCACCAGCGCCUAAUGGAGUUAUGCCGCAAGGGCAUCACCAAAUACCACAGCUGCCUUACAGGCCGCCGUUCGCAGACAGAGCCCCAGUCUAUCCACCCAUCUUCCCUCAAAACCAAACACUCAUCCCAAGAGUUCUGGCUGUCCAAAAGUCUGGGUCGAAAAGCUACACCUUGGUAAACAUAGACAAUGGCCAGGUGUUGUAUUCGGUCCACUUCUCAAGCACGAGAAUCCAAUUCUCUCGUUUCGUCAAUGGGCCGCAAUGCGGAAGCGCAAAGUUUCACACAUUUUCGAAGAAGAUAGACCUCGAGAUAGGCAACGGCCACGUCACGUUCAAGGACGAGUUCCAGAGCACCACGGGCCAGGGGUUCCUCCGGUGGAAUAAGAAGUACGACAGCUGGCUAUCAGGUAGAGGGCACCUCGCGCUGGAAAGCGACGGGUACAAGGCUGCUAUCUAUCAUCUGGACAAAGGCCCAGAUCACCACGAUCGCCAAGGAGGCCGGUUCGAGAUUCUGAAGCAGGGCCUAAACCAGGCUCAGCUGGACGAGGUUGUCAUUAGCGGCAUUGCAUAUCUAGAACAGCGAAAGACCCAGGCCCAGGCAGGCAUCGCGAACGCGAUUGACACGGUGAUGACGGCGUGA